UUUCUAAGCACUUAACAUGAAGCAUCGUCAGGAAGGACGUGGAAUUGAUUUGCAAUUCUCAAGAACAGAGACAGACAUGGCUAUAAAUACCAGGAAGCGGUCUUCAUCCAAUCAACCAAUUCAGCAAACAUCACAUCUGCAUCUUUACACUUUCAUCCCAAGUUUAUCAGCAAAACUUCAAAAUCCACACCAUGUCUACCGUUGAAUUGUCUUUUGGCGGCGGCACCUUCAUGUCGGAGGAGUCGUUUGGCUCUGUCGAGAAGAUGAGGGAGGGCCUCUCCAUCCUCCAAGCAGAAGGCAUCAAAUACAUCGACACCGCAACCCUCUACGGCGAGAGCGAAAGGUUCCUCGGCGAUCUAGGCGCUUCAAAAACACACACUAUCGACACCAAGUACCCCGGAGGGUUCGCGGGGCCAUCAAGCAAAGAAAAGAUCCUCGCCACCGCCAACGAGAGUCUCAAGAAACUCCAAACGAACCAGGUCGACGUCUACUACCUGCACUCGCCCGACCGCCAAAUCCCCUUCGAGGUCCAAGUCGACGCCAUAAACACCCUCUACGAAGAAGGCAAGAUCAGACGCUUCGGAAUCUCCAACUUCCUCGCCCCAGAAGUCGAAGAGCUCAUACGAAUCGCCAAGGAGAAGAACUGGAUCGCGCCGUCCGUCUACCAGGGGAACUACUCUGCCGUGGCACGACGCGCUGAAACAGAACUCCUCCCCGUCCUGCGCAAGCACGGGAUUGAGUUCUACGCGUACUCGCCUAUCGCAGGCGGGUUUCUGACCAAGAGCGUGGAGCAGAUCACCAAGGGUGCGGAGGGCCGUUGGGACCCGUCGUCCAGCGUUGGGGCUUUGUACCACGAGCUGUAUAACAAGCCGACGAUGUUUGAGGGGUUGAAGCUCUGGGAGGAGAUUUCCAAGCAGACGGGCAUUCCCAAGGUGGAGCUGGCGUACCGGUGGGUUAUCCAUAACUCGGCGUUGAAGGGGGAGCAUGGCGAUAGGGUUAUCUUUGGGGCGCGCAAUGUGGAGCAGUUGAGGGAGACUAUUGGGCUUGCGAAGAAGGGGCCUCUGAGUCCGGAUGUGGUGCAGCUGAUUGAGGAGGUUUGGAGGCUUGUUGAGGCCGAUGCGCCGUUGGAUAACUAUAACGAUGGUCUGCUGAAGAUCCAGGAGAAAGGGGUUCAGUUUGAAGUCCCGAAAAAGGUGUAAUAGGCCAUCUCUUGGUAUAAUUAUGAAGAAUAUAUAAGGGGAAUGAACUGUUGCAAUACACACGUACAAAGGUAACGGUAUAUGUACGGCAUAUAAUAACUACGCUUUUACAGCACGACCAAGGCUCAUACCGACUUCGACAUCCACCGCAA